CAGUUGCAGAAUCACCACUAAAUUAUUGCCAUAUCCGCAUUCGACUCAGAUACCGUUUCUAUUCCCGUUUGAUUUGCUCCACUACCAGGACAUGACGAGCAUAAUUUCAAGUCACCGUUGUAAUUGGUCGUUUGGAGUUCAGGAGACUGUUAACGUAGGAAAAGGAUUCAACAAGGUUUUGUUCCCGGGAUGUAAUGGUUCAUACUUCCCUUCAAGAGGAUUGGGUUUUUCCACCGGUAAUUGCCACAUUCGUCAUCAAAGUAAUCGGAGACAUAGGCCCAUCUUUUCGAGUACAACAGAUGAUGGCAACGACAUAAAUCCAGAUGACUCGGAAGAUACAAGUGAUGCAAAAGAAACCGGAGGGGUGGAUAAUAAUGAAAUGCUGAGAGAGAAUCUUGAAAGACUGGUUGGUAGAGAUGAUUCCGCGUUUAGCGGGAUAGACCUCGCAACUCUUAUUAGGAACAAGUACGGCAGGUCCUAUGACGUUCAACUCAUCAAGAAGGAGUUCCUUGGAAGAAAUCUCCUUGCUUUGAAUGUCAUGUGGAAGUAUAUGGAGCAGAGAUCGUUUCCACUGACGGAAGAAGAGUAUCUGUUGAGGCUCGACGACGUUGCAAACACGUUGAAAUGCUGGGGAGCUGUGUCUCAUAUCCGAAACAGCCUAGCAACGGUGAAAGAGAGGCCUCGGAUAGGAAAGGCAGUUAGCAUUUUCAUAGACAUGGACGAGUCUGGAGGGCGUGCAAAUGAAUGGAUUUACAAGUAAAUUUGGGCAAGAGUUUGGAGUUGAAAGCAAAUUGUACACUCGUUUGCAUAUUUAUGCAGCAUAUAAAAGCUCAGAGCUGCUAGAUUAAUUAGCUAUAUAGCACAAAUACGUCAGUCUGAGAGACUUGUUUGAGGACCGACACAAAUGUUCAAUAUAAAUAUUGUUUUUUUAACAAACGAUAUUAUCUA